GGCAAAAUUUUCGUGUGUUCUUUUUGAAAAUAAUAACAAAUUGCGCAUUUUAAAACUGAGGGAAAUAGUAGUUUAGCCUGUUAACAAACGUAGCAGCACAUCCAACAAGAAUCGUUUCUCGGAAAUCUACAAAUAAUAUUUUGUACAGUGCGUGCGUCGAAUAGACUGGGCAGCGGCCAUUUUGAGCAAAGGCAAAACGUCAGCACCCUUUGUACACUUUUCCUACUGAGCUACGAUAAAUACCGCACUUUAGAAGCCGCCGAGAGCUUUUACGCUUAGAGUGAAAAGCUUGCUGAACGUAAACAAAACCAAAAACCACUCACAAAAAUUAGCAAAAUGGCUGAUGAAGAUAUCUCAUUGAACGAGGACCAGCUCUUGGAGUCGAUGGAAGAGACCAAUGGCGAGCAGGAGACUGAAAUUGUGACAGAGACUGAGGAGGAAGGCAGUAUGCAAAUCGACCCCGAGCUAGAGGCUAUCAAGGCCCGUGUCAAAGAGAUGGAGGAGGAGGCAGAAAAAAUCAAGCAAAUGCAGUCCGAAGUGGACAAACAAAUGGCCGGUGGAUCCACAACCGGUCUUGCUGCAGUGCCGCUUUCCCUCGAGGAGAAGCAGGAGAUCGACACGAGGUCCGUCUAUGUGGGGAAUGUGGACUACGGAGCAUCUGCGGAGGAGCUCGAAGCACAUUUUCAUGGAUGCGGCACCAUCAACCGUGUCACAAUCCUGUGUAACAAAGCUGACGGCCAUCCCAAGGGCUUUGCCUUCAUUGAGUUUGGCUCAAAGGAGUUCGUUGAGACGGCCCUGGCCAUGAACGAAACCCUGUUCAGAGGUCGACAGAUCAAGGUCAUGUCAAAGCGCACAAACCGGCCAGGCCUUUCCACCACAAACCGCUUUGCCCGCGGCAGCUUCCGAGGGCGAGGAGCUCGUGCCUCAAGGGCUUGCUGCCAUUCCACCUUCCGAGGCGCACGUCGAGCAAUAAGGGGUUACCGCGGCCGUGCCAACUACUAUGCUCCCUACUGAUAAUUGUUAAAUAGAACCCACUAGUAAGAUUUUUUUACCAAUUUAUUUCAAAAAACAUUAUUUUAUUGCCAAACUUCUUUGCUAAAUAGAAAACAAAUAAAAUAGAAAAGAAAAGAGAAAACAACCCAAACAAGAGAAAAUGCCAGAAAAAAAUUAAUAAGAAUUGUUUUAAUAAUAAUUUAAAAAAAGAACAGCGGCAAGCAAAUAUAUUUACAAAACAGGCGAAAAAGAAGAAAACAAAAUCUACAAAAAAAAUCAACAUGGACUUGGCUAUAAUGUUUUUUGAAGCACCCAACACCAAACACCCCUCUUUUCAUAUAUUUUUAUUUUCAAAUAAAAAAUCAAAAACCGAACGAAAAUAAAUCAAGAUAAUCCAAACAAAAAAAGCAUACAACUCGAGAGAAGUGGAGAAAAUAUAUAUAAAAGAGAACCACAAGCGAAAA